AUGAGCAACCCAACCAGGAAAACCUCAACACAGCAGCGCCACCUGCAGCCAUCCCUGCGAGUGCAAAGGAGUCGAGACUUGGGCCCUCCCCUUCAUUCAGAGCAUCAGCUGCACCCACAAGUGCGAGCAGGUUCAAGAGCAUCUGAAACGCUGGAUGAGGGAGGAGAGAACGCUGGUGGUCAUAUGGGUGUGAUUGCGACCCGAGGACUGAAACGCAAGGCUGGAGCUGAUGGUCCUGGUGGUAUACCACCGCUGCAUGCCAUGGCUCCUGGAUCAAAGCGCAAGCCAUUAGCCGCGAUUGACAACUUACAGUCUGCUGCACCAGGCGAUGCAGCGCCAGGGGGGUUUCUCCUCCAGAGUGCGUCUGGCAGGAAGGUAGACGUGUCAGCUGCUGCGGUUGCAGGCGUGAUGAAGCUGUUUGGGGAGGAUGGCGAAUGGCAGCAGGAGCAGCAGGGGAUGAAAGGGCCGCCGCAAGGACAGCAGGGGCAGCAGGGGAUGGAAGAUCAUCAGGGGAUUCAAGGGCUACAAGAUAUGCAAGGAGCAGAAGGGAAGCAGGGGAGUCGAGGAUGCAUGGCAAAUGAGUCAACAGCUGCAGCUCUCACCACCGCAUCGAACCCAUCUCCGUUGUCACUGCCAUCAGAACCACCACAUACCGCUUCAGCUCUCAUAACCACCGCACAGAACCCAUUUCCUCUGUCACUAAUCCCGCCACAGCAACAACCACCACCACGACCACCUGCCGGUGCAGCAAGUUUGUUCCAAACAGCCCGGGGCAAGCCAGUCCAUUUGUCUUCAGCUGCUGUGGACAAGGCGUGUGCUCUGCUGGGCGUGCAACACCAUGACAGACCACGUUUUGGUGAUGGUAGUGCGAAUCUGGGAGGAGUUAGUACAGAAGGAUCGACUGUUGGGGCGGGCUUGUUUCAAACAGCUUCAAAGAAGCCGGUGCGUUUGUCUGCAGCUGCUGUAGAUAAAGCGUGCGCUUUGCUGGGCGUGCAACUGUGUCAAAGGCCGCGGUUUGAUGCCGGUCAGGUCACACCACCUCCACUGCUGAACGCUCAAGGCCACGUGGGGUCACAGUUCAACGCACCUCAAAUCAUGCCACUUACACACGUGCCCCCAGCUCUGCUGAAUUCUCAUAGGCGCGAAGGUCAGAGCUCUCAUGCGCCAGCAGGAAUGGAGCUUUCAGUGCGGAGCUCAGCAGCAGAGCUGGCAGUAGUGGCGCAGCCAGAUGCUGGAGCAAGCCUAUUGGGAGCGACUGCAGGAGGGAGUUUGUUCCAAACAGCCCGGGGCAAGCCAGUCCCUUUGUCUUCAGCUGCUAUUGACAAAGCGUGUGCCCUGCUGGGCGUGCAGCAGUGUGAGCCUGCACGGUUUGAUGCACCCAGAAUUGCACCACCCAUACACGGUCCCCUAGCACUGCCGGACACUCAAGCGCAUGAGGGGCAGAGCUCUCAUGCGCCAGCAGGAAUGCAGCUUUCAGUGCGGAACCCAGGAGCCGAACUGGCAGUAGUGGCGCAGCCAGAUAAUGGAGCGAAUUUCGGGGGAGCUAUACCAGGGGAUGCGAGUGUAGGGGCGGAUUUGUUUCAAACUGCCCGAGGCAAGCCGGUUUUUGUGUCUUCGGCUGCUGUGGACAAGGCGUGUGCGCUGCUGGGCGUGCAGCAGGCGCCGCCAGCACUGCUGGACGCGCAAGGGCAUGAGAGGCAAAGCUCUCAUGCGCCAGCAGGAAUGGAGCUUGCAGUGCGGAACCCAGGAGCAGAGCUGGCAGUAGUGGCGCAGCCAGAUGGUGGAGCUAAAAUGAGAGGGGCUAGUCGGGGGGGAGCGACUGUAAGGGCGGGUUUGUUCCAAACAGGCCGCGGCAAGCCAGUUUCUUUGUCUUCAGCUGCUGUGGACAAGGCGUGCACGCUGCUGGGCGUGCAGCAGGCGCCGCCAGCACUGCUGGACGUGCAAGGGCGUGAGAGGCAGAGCUCUCAUGCGCCAGCAGGAAUGGAGCUUUCAGUGCGGAACCCAGGAGCAGAGCUGGCAGUAGUGGCGCAGCCAGGUGGCGGAGCUAGAUUGGAAGAAGGGGUUAGUCGGGGGGGAGCGACUGUUAGGGCAGGUUUGUUCCAAACAGGCCGAGGCAAGCCAGUUUCUGUGUCUUCGGCUGCCGUUGACGAGGCGUGUGCUCUGCUGGGCGUGCAGCAGUGUAAGAGACCAAGCUUUGAUGCACCCAGGAUCAGUGGUGGCGACCCUGCCGUGCCUUUGCUGCAGGGCGCAGGAGCAGAGCAGACGAGUGCAGUGCGGCUUGAUGACGGUGCAGCGAUUGUAGGGGAGGAUUUGUUCCAAACAGCCCGGGGCAAGCCGGUACACAUAUCUUCAGCUGCCAUGGACAAAGCAUGUGCUCUGCUGGGCGUGCAGCAGUACGAGGUUCCUCCACAGUUAGAAGCACCAAGGACCAGCAGUGAACCAGCAACGCUUUUGCUGGAGGGCGUAGGAGCAGAGCAGGCGAAUGCGGCACGGCCAGAUGGUGGAGCUAGUUCAGGCGCAGCGACUGGAGGGGAGGAUUUGUUUCAAACAGCCCGUGGCAAGCCGGUGCACAUAUCUUCAGCUUCCAUGGACAAAGCGUGCGCCCUGCUGGGCGUGCAGCAGUAUGAGGGUCCUCCAAAGUUAGAAGUACCAAGGAGGAUCAGUGGUGAGCCAACAGUGCGUCUCCUGGAGAGCGCAGGAGCAGCAGAACAAAGGGGAGCGGUGCAGCAAAGUGCUGGAGCUAGUCCGGGGGAAGUUACUGCCGGGAUGGCUUUGCUUCAAACAGCUUCAGAGAAGCCAGUUUUGUUAUCUUCAGCCGCCGAGGACCAGGCGUGUGCUCUUUUGGGGGCGCAGCAGCAUGAGAGGCCACGGUUUGAAGGCAGUGCUAGUCUGGGAGGAACGACUGUCCGAACAGCGGGUCUGUUCCAAACCGCUUCAAGGAAGCCGGUGCACAUCUCUUCAGCUGCUGUGGACAAGGCGUGUGCUCUUUUCGGAGUGCAGCAGCGCGAUAGGCCGCAGGUUGAAGGUAGUGCUAGUAAGGGAGGAGCGACUGUCCGAACAGCGGGUCUGUUUCAAACCGCCUCGAAGAAGCCGGUUGUUCUGUCUUCAGCUGCAGUGGACAAGGCGUGUGCUUUUCUGGGCUUGCAGCAGCAUGAGAGGCCACGGUUUGAAGAUCCUAGGAUCACACCUUCUCGAAGCACCGCACUGCCCUGUCCCCCCCAACCAUGUGCAGCAAUUGAACCAUCUCCACAUGCUCCCCUCGCCCUUCCUGCUCCUGAUCCUGCUGCCCCGCCUCCUCCUCUCGCUCUGCCUGCUCACGAUGCAGCCGAACCUGCUCUUCGUCCCCCUUCCCCUCCUUCCUGGCCUCUCGCCCUCACCCAGCCCUCAUCACAAGGUGUGGCCGAGCCUGCGGUGGAGGCUCGGGCAGCUCUUGCCAGGGCAGAGGAAAUGGUUGCGAGCCUGUUUGACCUGGGGACAGGGGGGAGUGGCAGGGAUGGUGGUGGGAGUGGGGAGGGCCAGCAGCACCAGCCUCAUGACGCUCACAAGCAACGGGAGGGCAACGGCAGUAGGCACCCGCUCAUGCCUCUGUCAGCCUAUCCUUGUACUCCAUUCAAUCCACACACGCCCGCACACAGCGCCGCCUCCUCUCUCCCCUUCUCCACACCCUCUUCCUCUGCAUACGCAUCACCCCCGCCCCCACUCCUACAACUUUCUGGAAAGUUCAGCACACCAGGAACCCUUUCAGCUCAGUCACAUUAUGCAUCGCAAACACCAGCUUCGCUACCACCGCUCGCCGUUGAUUCCUUGUCCGGAUCACCACUGCACAGACAACCCACACAACCCACGCAUCCCACACAGCCAUUGCAGCGCACGCAACCCACGCAUUCCAUGCAGCUACUCCAGCCCAUGCAGCCCAUGCAGCCCAAGCAGCUAAUGCUUCCCAUGCAGCCCAUGCAACCCAUGCAACCCAUGCAGACCAGACAGCCGUUGCACCUUUCGAAACAGCAUUCCACCGCACUAAACACCACACAUGCACUCUUUCAGUCACCUGCUGCUUCCCCACACACUCCCGCACUCGCCCAACCACCUCAGCUUCGUUCCUCCCCUCCUCUCCACCCCGCCUCUCCCCUCCACCCCUGUCCUCCUCUCCACCCCUCCUCUCCUUUGCACCGCUCACGCACCCCUACGUACCCCUCCAACACUCCUCUCCACCCCUCUCAUACUCCCCUCCACACCUCUCCCAAUCGGCUCCACAACGCCCCCCUCCACACUUCCCCCACCCCUCUUCACCGCGUUGGCGCCACUCUCCGCCGCCCCUUAACUCCCCUGAACCGUUCUCCAUCCACCUUGCCAUCCCCACGGCGGCAGUUUGUCCCGCCCACCUCCAACAUCCCCUCCCUCUUCUCCAAGCACCGCCCGCCUCGCUCCCGCACUGCUGGCCUGCCCCCCAUCCCCAUGCGCUCACUCACUGAUGCCGCCGAUCCACCAUCUCUUGACGUCAACCAAAAAGCAGCAGGGGGAGCAGGAAGCGUGGCUGCUGGGAAUGCAGCUGUGUCAAUGGCACGGAGUGGGUGGAGGACGGAUGGCGCGGGUGCAGCAGUGAUGGUUAGACAGCAAGAAGAGGGGCUGAGGAAACUGCAUGACCUAUACAGGGAUAAAGAGGGGAAGCCGAGGAGGCGACCCUGCAUGGCUGAGUUCUUUGGGUAUCCGCCUGGGCUGGAACGAGUGGUGAGUGUUUGUAUUUUUUCUGCUGCGGAGAGACUUGAUGGGUGUGCAUUGUUGAUCUACUGA